AUGUCUUACCGGGCCGCCUCGGCCGUCUUCGUGCCCUACGGGUACCUCUACGAGCUGCCGGCGCCGCGGCCCUUCAGCCUGCCCCGCAAGACCCGGCUGGUGGCCUGGGUCAUCAGCAACUGGAACGAGGAGCACGCCCGGGUGCGCUACUACCGCCAGCUGAAGGAGCACCUGGCCAUCGACGUGUACGGGGCGCGGGGCCUGGCGCUGGCCGAGGGCGGCGUGGUGACCACCAUCUCCGCCUACAAGUUCUACCUGGCCUUCGAGAACUCCCAGCACACCGACUACAUCACCGAGAAGCUCUGGAGGAACGCCUUCGCCGCCAGCGCCGUCCCCGUCGUCCUCGGCCCCCGCAGAGCCAACUACGAGCGCUUCAUCCCUCCCGACUCUUUCAUCCACGUGGAUGAUUUCCCCAGCCCUCGGCGGCUGGCCACCUACCUGAAAUUCCUCGAUAAGAACAAGCCGAACUACAGGAGGUAUUUCGCCUGGAGGAAGAAAUACGAGGUCCACGUCACCUCGUUCUGGGACGAGCAUUACUGCAAGGUUUGCGAGGCCGUAAGGACGGCUGGGAAUCAGAUCAAGACUGUGCGAAAUCUGGCCAGCUGGUUUGAAAGCUGAUGUUUCUGGCGGGUGAGGCUUGCUGGGCCUCUCCCGGGAAGAGACUGUCAAAGCUGAGCGAGGGCUGGCUCUCGCAGAGGUCACCUGCUUGGUCAAAGCGGUACGUGGAGGUCCGUCAUCGGCGGGAAAAGCAUGCAGAUAUAGGUAAAUAAGCUGUGAAAAGUUGAUGAAAGAGAGAUUUUUUUUAUGAAAGUGCAACAUGAUGAAAGUACGAAGGACUAUCAGGCAGUUCUUCAAGACUAAAGUUAAAUUAAGCUUCCGAAAGUCCUGCAGAUCUGAAAGCUUUGCAGAUGUGCACAGCUAGACGUAAAUAAACUAUGCCAAGUUCUUCAGCCAUGCAGCUGAAACCAAUUUUGUCAGCAGCGACAGCUUCCUGGACCAUGAAACUUUCUUCUGCUUAUAGGAGAUACGUGAUCAGUGCUGGCUUUCUGUGCUCUGAAGACAUAUUUUUGCUACACAAAGGCAAAUAUAUUCAACAGUGAUUAUUAUGAAUAGGAAGAAGCUUUUGCAGACAAAUUUUGAGCUUCAAGUGUUGAAUGGACGAAUGUAAUGAUAUAGUAGCACUUUUUCGCAAUGUUUUAAAUUGCAGCAGCCAAAUAAUAACUCCUUGAGCCAAAUAAAAAUUCCUGUUAGGAAAAAGUGCAUGGAAGGGCCUGGGUCUGAGUGGAAGAAACACCUCAGAUAGUACGAAGUAUUUUUUCCACUGUCUACCAAAGCCGAAAACACUUUCAUCCUGUAUGAAAGUAGAGAAGAGCUGUAAGUACAGGAAAAGACAGAAUGUCGAAAUAAAGUUGGAACACUUCUACCCUUGCUUUAUUCAGGAAUUAGUUAAUGUUUACAGGAUUCUGCGUGGUUUUUUUUUUUUCCCUGCAAAAUUCCUUCCAUAUAGGAAAAAGCAGGGAAAGGCUCAGAACUGCAGAUUUUUUAUUACUAUCUUGAAUACGUAUACAAAAAGAUUAACUUAUUUCUCUGUUAUCGUUAGAAAGUCCUGCUAUGUAGAGAUGAUUUUAGUUCAUAGUACGCAUUUUUAAAAAUUCUGCCAGGUGAUGGACUAUUCAGAAUUGCGCUUUGUAAAAAUAGUAGUUAAAAAACAAAACAAAAACAGAACAGCCUAAGUCCAAAAGCACCACCUAUCCAAAAGAAAAUUACUGUACAGAAUAAGAUCUAAACUGUUGUUAAAACUUAGAUUGUACAAAGAAAGAAUAGGAAAGGGAGAGGA